UAUUUAUAAAUAUGUAGUUUAUACAGUGCUAAAAGAUUUCGCUUUUACAGUUUUAACAUGUAUACAUGAGAAUAAUAGUUCAAUGUGAAAUUUUAUCACAUUGAAAAUGGAAAAUAUGCAGGCUUGCUGUCUUGAAGGAUGUGAAAGUUAUAAAUAUAUUACAAAACAAAAGAUAGGCUAUUUCAAAUUUCCUACUCGAAAUAAACCAUUACUUCAAAAAUGGUUAAGUCAAAUCAGAAUACCAAAUUGGCUUCCCACAGACAAUCAUAGAAUAUGUAGUAGACAUUUUCAUAUCGAUGAUAUUGAUUUUUCACACAAACAACCUAAGUUAAAAACUAAUGCCAUACCAAUGAUAUUUCCAUUAAAACAUUUUCAAAAUAUUUAUAUUGAUAAAAUAAAUACUAAUGCUAUCCAAGGAAUGAAAACUAAUGUGUAUUUGAAUAAAAUAGAAUCAACACACCAAAUUAUUAUGAGUAACCCUAAUAGUAUUCUACACAAUCCAACGAAGUCAUCAUCGAUGGUAUUAUUAUGUACACCAACAGAAGAAUCAAAUAAUAUUUCAAAUUUACAAAUAAGUUCAUUGUCAACUUCUAAUAUAUCUAUGAAAAAAAUUCCUAUAAAAAAUGAUCUUAUGAAAUGUUGUAAUUCUAAGUCUCCAAAAUUAUCCACUUUAAAUCCAUAUGUUUUAAUUAUAUCUGAUAAUAAAGAACCAAAAAUACCUUUUAAAAAUGUAUCUACGAAGAAAACACACGCAAUAUUGAAACUACAAAUUGAUAAAAAACUGAAUACUAUUACACCAAACAAUUUAAUAAUAGAUUCUGUAGUGGAAGAAAAUCGAUUUAAUAUCAUUAAACGGAACAAUAACAAUGUAUUGAAUACUAGUUCCAUGGAAGAAAUUGAAGUAGAUGAUAUCUCAUCAACCAAAAUUGUCGUUUUUAAAUUUGAUUCAUCUACUGGAAAAAUUACAGUACUGAAAAAAGAAAAAUUUGAAAAAAAUACUGAAAUAUCCAGAGAAACAAUAGAUGUGAAACAGUCUUUUAAAUUUGAUAUAAUUAAAGAUAUUAAAUUGAACAUAAACUUCAAACAACGAAAGGGAUCAAUUGGUGUUAAAGAAAGUUUUCUAUAA